AUCCCGUGGCUUCCACCACCAUCGCGUUGUCGUAAAAGAAAAAACCUGGGAAAGCAGAAACUGGCAUUUUCCUGCAAAAUUAUAAUAGUUUCUCAAUAAACUAUAAGCAAUCAUGUCCACGGAGGACUUUUAUUUACGCUACUACGUCGGACACAAGGGCAAGUUCGGGCACGAGUUCUUGGAGUUCGAGUUCCGGCCGGAUGGCAAGCUGCGGUACGCCAACAAUUCCAACUACAAGAACGACACCAUGAUCCGCAAGGAGGCCUUCGUCCACCAGUCCGUGAUGGAGGAGCUAAAGCGGAUCAUCAUCGAUUCGGAGAUCAUGCAGGAGGACGAUCUUCCCUGGCCGCCACCAGAUCGCGUGGGUCGACAGGAACUGGAGAUCGUCAUCGGGGACGAGCACAUCUCGUUCACAACCUCGAAAACCGGAUCAUUGGUGGACGUGAACCGAUCGAAAGAUCCCGAGGGCCUGCGAUGCUUCUACUACCUGGUGCAGGAUCUUAAGUGCCUGGUCUUCUCACUCAUCGGGCUGCAUUUCAAGAUCAAGCCCAUAUAAGCCGUAUCCUCCACCCCAAAUAUAGCCUAUUUAUCGGACACAUCGUAUUUUGUAAUGGAACCUCUACAAUACUUGUAAUUGUAUUAGCUAUAACGUAGUACUUUUUGGUACAGUUUGCAGUGAAUAAAAAAUGAUGGAGAAUA